ACAUACACAGCACAGGCUUCUUCGAGGCCUUGUAUUCUUCUGAAAUGGCUGGUUUUGUAGCUAUGAUAGUCUACUAUUUGGUCCUUCUUCAAACAUUUGAUAUCUUUGCGGCUAAGGAUGAAGAAUGGAAAUCUGGUACUGCAACAUACUCCAAAGAAACAGAUGGGUCAAUUGUUACGGAAGGUGCUUGUGGUUACGGAGACCUACAUAAGAUAAAUUAUGGAAAAUACAGCGCUGGACUGAGUAGCAUGUUGUUUAAUAGAGGAAGUACCUGUGGGGCCUGCUAUGAGCUUAGAUGUGUUGAUCACAUCUUGUGGUGCUUGCAAGGAAGCCCGACUGUCAUUCUAACAGCCACCGACUUCUGUCCUCCCAAUUACGGCUUGUCUUCCGAUUAUGGCGGGUGGUGUAAUUUUCCCAAGGAGCACUUUGAGAUGUCAGAGGCAGCAUUUGCUGAAAUAGCAGAGAAAAAAGCAGAUAUUGUGCCAGUUCAAUAUAGGAGGGUGAGGUGUGACAGAAGUGGUGGAAUGAGAUUCACAGUUAGUGGGAAUUCUCGUUUCUUUCAAGUUCUGAUUACAAAUGUUGGAAUGGAUGGAGAAUUGGUGGCAGUGAAAGUAAAAGGAUCAAGAACGGGAUGGAUACCAUUGGCAAGGAACUGGGGACAGAACUGGCAAAGCAAUGUCAAUCUUCACGGACAACCUCUCUCUUUUGAAGUUACCUCCAGCAGUGGAAGAGCACUUACUUCCUACAGCGUUGCACCUGUAAACUGGCAGUAUGGGCAGACAUUUGAAGGGAAACAAUUUUGAAACCUUUAUGCAACUAAGGAAUCAGAAUCAAAAUCUUAGGCCCAUAGAAUAUAACUAGGAACUUGAACUUAAGUAUACUGGCAUGUUAAAUCUCAUGAUGGGUAAAACACACAUCAGAAUCAGGCUGCACAAAAUUAGCAGUCUCGUAGUAGAGCCCACAUAAUUUUCAU